AUGCGAAUUUUGGACACCUGCGCGCUCUUGAACAGCCGACUGGCCCAUUGCAUCGCCAUCCGCAUUGCUGCGCUUGGGAGCCUGGUUACAGGACGCCUCCCUGCCUACGCGGGAUGCACCGAAAAGGCCGAAGCUGCUGUGCACGCCAACCUGGACGACCCGGACAGCUUUGUGCACCAUCUCAAGGUCGUCGAUCCCGCCAACGAGGGCGAUGUCAUGGCCUACGCAAAGUGGGAGCUUUAUCCCAACGGUCGCUCCAAGGAGAGCUUGGAGAAGCUGAACGAAUUGCUGAGCGAUGAGGACAAAAGUGUUGAUCGGUAUGGGGCCUUGAGGGAGGCGGCGCAUGAGCGGUCUGAACAGGGCAGGAAUCUGUAUCGCCACUACGGUUCUCGGGGCAUGCAGACGGUUGUAUUCAAGCUCGAAAAGUACGAACUCAGUGGGGUGGAGAAGAUGACCGAAAUGAUACGGUAUCCAACUGCGAGCGGAAAAAAGACGAAACCCAAGGCUGACUGA